UAAGUCUCAUGACAUUACACUCUCUCUUGACCUUCCUUGAAUCCAACACACACAAAACAAAGACGUUAGUUGCGUUACCAACAUUACCCCCUUAUUACUACAAAACACCGCAAAAACCGAAGGAAGCAAAACACGCGCGCCAUGGCCGGCGAAGUUGCCGGAGACCGGACGCCGGAGCUUCUUGCCAUCGUCCACGACAUCGCCGGCAUGUGUGUCGGAGCCGUUGGGACCGGGUCCUCUGCCGCCGCAGCAGCACCCACACCACCACUUCCCGCCGCCAUUGCUGGCGACGGCACCUUCAGGAAAGACUGCACCGAUCUGGUGCGACGGAUCUCUCUCCUCUCGCACCUGUUCGAGGAGAUUAAGGAGCUCAACAAGGUUGCCGACUCUGCUUCGAGUUCUUCGUCUGAAAGUGGUGGUGGUGGUGCUGCUGCUUCUGAUGGCGAUGGUGGUGGUGCUGCUGCUUCUUGGUCGUUUGAUGUGGUGGUGGCGCUUCAAUCGGCGAAGCGUUUGCUUUCGGUGGCGAGGAACUUCCGUUCCAAUUGCUCUUCUGAUGGAGCUGCCAAGACCAUUAUCUUCCAAUUUCAGAGUGUGACAUGGAAAUUGGAAAAACUACUAAGCAACUUACCAUAUGAUCAUUUAGAAAUUUCAGAAGAAGUCAGAGAACAGGUGGACUUAGUCAGAACACAAUUAAGACGGGCCACGGAUAAAUACGGGUUUAUGAUUUCACAAAUGCCAUCAUAUAAAUUAUCUGAGCCACUUGCUCAAGAAAUCAGUCAGGUUCCUGGUAGAACCACGAGUGGAUUGCAUAAACAACACAGCUGUCCUGAAAACUUAUCAGAAUUAGACAAAAUCCGUACAAACGAUGGAGGGGAAGUUUGCAGCAGACAUCAGGGAGUUUCUCGCUUAGAAAGAGCCAGGAGCAUCCCUACCAUGUCUGAGAUCUCCUUAACAAAUGUUACUGAUACCGAAAGUGAAGAAAGCUCCGAGAGUAAGAGCCCACCUGAGGUUAAAAAGUCUGAAGGAGUUCUAAUUCCCGAAGACUUUCUUUGCCCUAUAUCCUUGGAACUAAUGAGGGAUCCGGUUAUUGUUGCCACCGGUCAGACGUAUGAGAGAUCUUACAUACAGAGAUGGAUAGAUUGUGGAAAUACAACAUGUCCUAAAACCCAGCAGAAGCUCCAGCAUUUGACACUUACGCCAAACUAUGUUUUAAGGAGCCUUAUUUCUCAGUGGUGUAUACAGCACAACAUUGAACAGCCAACAGGACUAACUAAUGGAAAAAUAAAGAAGAGCGACGGAUCGUUCAUAGAUGUCACAGGUGACAUAGCGGCAAUCGAAGUCCUGGUACAGAAGCUCUCCAGCCGGUCUGUCGAGGAUCGUAGAGCAGCCGUAACUGAAAUUCGAUCACUCUCCAAACGUAGCACGGACAACAGGAUACUGAUUGCUGAAGCCGGAGCAAUUCCACUUCUAGUCAACCUUUUAACAUCUGAAGAUGUAUUGACACAGGAUAAUGUAGUCACUUCGAUUCUCAACCUUUCUAUAUAUGAAAACAACAAGGGACUCAUAAUGCUUGCGGGUGCCAUUCCAUCCAUCGUCCAGGUUCUCCGAGCUGGAACCAUGGAAGCAAGAGAAAAUGCUGCAGCAACCCUCUUCAGCUUGUCACUUGCCGACGAGAAUAAAAUAAUAAUCGGUGCCUCAGGCGCUAUACCUGCGUUGGUAGAAUUGCUCCAAAAUGGGAGCCCAAGAGGGAAGAAAGAUGCAGCAACAGCAUUGUUCAAUUUAUGUAUUUAUCAAGGAAACAAAGGCAGGGCCAUUAGGGCAGGGAUUAUCACAGCACUGUUGAAAAUGCUUACAGAUUCAAGCAAAUCGAUGGUGGACGAAGCCCUCACAAUAAUGUCUGUUCUUGCCAGCCAUCAAGAGGCAAAGGUAGCUAUAGUUAAAGCCAGCACCAUACCAGUUUUAAUAGAUCUCUUGAGGACCGGAUUGCCUCGCAACAAAGAGAAUGCGGCCGCCAUUUUACUUGCAUUGUGCAAGAGGGAUACCGAAAAUCUUGCUUCUUUAAGUAGACUUGGUGCUGUCAUACCUCUUACCGAACUUUCAAGGAGCGGUACAGAGAGGGCAAAGAGGAAAGCUACUUCAUUAUUGGAGCAUCUUCGUAAGUUGCAGCAGGUUUGAAUGUUGGGUUUGUAAGCAAAGGACUUCAAAUUCAAUGUCUUUCUUCCCUCUGAUUAUUUGACAUAAUUUUCCACACUUUGGUUUGAGAGCUGAUCAUACGAGGGUGAAGCAAGUCACAACCUCAUUUUGAUUCAGUGAAUUCUUUCCUUUUUUUUCUUGUUUUGUUCUUUUUGUAACCCAUGUAUGAGCGUGUAAAGAAAUCAACUGAUAUGUUGUCUCCUUAUUAAGUUCUUACAGAAAGUUUCUGUUUUCCUC